AUGGCUAAAAAGAAACAAAUUCAAUUAUUUAUUGAUAUAAACAAUCAAAGGGAGUUUGACUACAUGCUUGAACAUAACUUAGAUAGAAUAAUUUGUGUCGAAGUAUUUUGUGAAUUCUCAGGACCUUGUUCUGCCUUGGACCAUCUGUUUGUCAGGAUGAAGCUUGAUUGGAGCGAUGGUCAACUGGUUCUUUUGAGGGUCUUAGCUGAUGAAGUAGAUGCAUUACGAAGGUUUAGAUAUCAAAGCCAACCCGUAUAUUUAUUUAUAUUGAACAAAAGAAUAACGUCGAUUUUCCGAGGUGUGGACAACAUAAGAUUUGCGGAGAUGGCUAAGAGAGAAAUCGAUCUGUACAAACAAUACCAGAAGGGUAUCAGCUUUGAGCGACCGACUUAUGAGAUUAGUGAACCCAUGCCGGAAGAUCUUGAAUGGCUAGCCAAGUACACCGAAGACAAGCAGCUUGAAAUUCAACAGCAAGAAGCCUGUCGAGCAGCACGGCAAGCGGCUCGAAAACGGCAUCGGGCCGAGCUGAUGAUUCCUCACCUGCAACAGCUAAACUUUGUGCUGUACUGGCCCCAUGCAAAGCACGCACAUCCAGAACUUUACGAACGUUGGGAUUUGAAUAAUAUAAUAAUGGUAGGACGCGAAGAAAUAAAUAUGGAUCGAACUACAGCUGAAGAUAUACUGUACGCCGGAGACGCAGACAUAAAUGAAGCUUCCAUGCACAUGUUGACUUCAUCACCAGCUCUGGCCAUAUGCUUUAGACUACUUGAUCUGGAUAAGCAUUUUGUCACUUUAGUUCGUAAAAUACUUUAUGAAGAUAUCACUCCUUCGGAUACAAAAGAAGAACAGCAGACAGCUUUCGAUAAAUACAAGUCUUUCAGUCCUACUAAAGAAGAGAUCUGGGAACGUAGGCUUGAGGAAAGACAAAGAAAACAGGAAGAAGCAAUAGAAAAGCGAGCUCGUCGCCUCUCUGAGAUGCAACGAUUAGCUCGCCAAGCUAUUCAGGACGCUAUUGAAGCUAGACGACUUGAGAAAGAGCGACGGAAAUUAGAGCUUUUAAAGGCUGGGAAUUUGUUAGCUUUGGAUAAACUAAAACAAGAACCUGACGAUGAAAAGGUGGAUAUUAUGAUACCUGAGGUGUUGCCUGAUGAAGAUGAAUCCGUUAGUUCAGAAGACGAGAAUGAGUACUUUCCUCCUCCCGGUCUUCUUAUUCCAGGGUUUUAUGCACCCUCAAAUGACAUUGCCAAGACAAAUGGACUUGCUAUACUGUUUCCCAAGAUUGUCCGUGAAUAUGUAAUACCGGAGCCAGAGUUUCUGCCACCACACGUAUUGGUUUUACUCGACAUUACAAAAAGGCAUAAGGCAGUGAUAAUCUUGUCUAAAUACAGACAGGCGAUAAUACACAUGGGUAUAUUCAAGUUAACAACAGCUUACAACGCAUAUCAUAUUGCAUUCAGCGUUAAGCAAUACGAUUCUUUGAAUUCUUCGUAUGAUGUUGAGAAUGUCAACAUAGCGUUUAUGAUUUCAACUAACAAUGACCUGGCAUUGCUAGAGUUGAUGGACAUUAGUCCUUCGUAUGUUAGUAAGGACGAGGUUGUCGGAGAAGAGGAAUGCGGUGCAAUAUUUCCAGUGGAUUAUGGCGACAAUUACCCGGAAUUUGAAGACUUUGAUGUUUCUGAAAGCAUCCCAUAUUAA